GCGGCAGGGAGCGGCGACCUGGAGGAGGUCCGACGGCGGCUCAUUGGUGGGGCCGACAUCGACGCGCGCGACGACUAUAACGACACAGCCCUGCAUAAGGCCGCGAGUAACGGGCACGUGCACGUUGUGCGCUUCCUCCUCGAUCAGGGAGCCGACCGCACCGCCGAGCGCUUGCACGGCCACACGCCGCUAGACGAGGCCGUGCUGCGGGACGACCUGGCGCUGGUCAAGGUCUUCUUCGAGCGCGGCACCAACAACAAGCGCACCGAUCCCAACUCGCUCGCCUACGCCGCCCAAACUGGGAAUCUGGAGGCCGCAAAGUUCCUCCUCUCCAAGGGCGCCGACCUUGACGCCACGAAGAAGAUCAGUGUCAAAGAGCUGCUGAUCCCUGCCGACGGCACGCCGCUGUACUGCGCCGUCAACGGCGGCCACGAGGCCAUGGCCAAGCUCCUGCUUGACCGGGGCGCGCGGCAGGACCACACCGAGCACUGUCACUACCCGCUGUGCGUGGCCGCGGAGCAGGGCAACGCCGCCAUCGUAACCCUACUUCUCGCACGCGGC